UUCCGCGGUUUUUGAUCAGCUUUGUACGAAGACUGAUUUUCGCCGAUCUUUGUCGUGUUACGUGUAUGUGGUGAACGGAGCAUUGCGGAGACUGAGAAUUAUGUGGGCUGUUCGCUGUGUUGUGGCAUUCGGGCAAAGCAAGAUCGCGGUGACAACAGAAAUCACAGAGGAGUUUCGUAACAGUCUGCCUGCUUCUCCUGUAAUUGUUGCACUGGGCCGCUCACUUUUCGAAUGCAGCUGCCAGCUGUUUGUGGACCAUGAGGUGAUGGUGGAAGAUGUGGGCUCUCUGCAAGCUGUGGAGCUCCUUUUCGCCCUUUAUUAUUGUUUAAACAUCCGGUAUGCCAAAGGUGCGGGAACCACACUUGAGUUCAUUCAGAGAUACCAAGUUGGUAUCAAACAACAUGAUGGGUCACGACAGGAGGCCGGGAGGUCGAAAGGAGCUCGGGCAAGAGCAAUCAAAGCCGCCACAGAUCUUGCUGCUUUUGAGAAAAAAUGGAACAGUCUCAUCUGAUGAUAGAUCGGAUGCCAUGAAGGUUUCUUUAUAAUUAUGUUCUUUUACGGUUUACAAUAUAGUUCUUCAAUUUCAAAACUGC